AUGGCUUCUGUUCAUCUUCUUCGUCUUUCUAAGUUGUUCUUUGUUUUUUGCUUAUUGUUAGAAUCAAGAUUCUCACUUUCGUUUAAAAAUGCAAUCUUGCCCCUCAAGGUUCAAAAAAUUGCAUCUGGGUCCCUCACGAAACCUCCAAAGAAGCUCUCUUUUCACCACAAUGUUACUCUGACCGUCACCCUCGCCGUCGGCUCGCCUCCACAGGAGGUUACCAUGGUCCUCGACACCGGCAGCGAACUCUCAUGGCUCCAUUGUAAGAAAACACCAACAACGCCCUUAUCGUACGACCCACUACAUUCUACAUCGUACACCCCCGUUCCGUGUACCUCGUCCAUUUGCAUGACCCGAACUCGAGACUUCACCGUGCCCGCUUCUUGCGACCCGAAAAAACUCUGCCACGCUACUCUCUCCUACGCUGACGCCACUUCCGUCGACGGCAAUCUCGCCCACGAUGCCUUUCGGUUCACGGAUUUGGUUCUUCCGGGAGUAAUAUUCGGGUGCAUGGAUAUGGAUUCAAGCUCGAACCAAGAUGAGGAUUCGAAAACCACCGGGCUAAUGGGCCUGAAUCGGGGCUCCUUGUCUUUGGUUACCCAAAUGGGCUACCCAAAGUUCUCGUAUUGCAUAUCGGAUCUGGAUUCCACCGGCGUAUUACUGUUCGGGGAGUUCAAUUUCUCUUGGCUCCCACCGUUACGUUACACAGCCAUGGUUAAAAUAUCGACGCCGUUACCGUAUUUCGAUCGGGUUGCAUACACCGUUCAGCUUGAAGGAAUCAAGGUUUCGGAAACGGUUCUACCGUUACCCAAAUCCAUAUACGAACCGGACCACACCGGAGCAGGUCAAACCAUGGUUGAUUCGGGCACCCAGUUCACUUUUCUUCUUGGACCUGUUUACACAGCUCUGAAAAACGAGUUCUUGAAACAAACCAAGAACGUGUUACGGGUGUACGAGGAUCCGAACUUUGUGUUUCAAGGUGCGAUGGACCUGUGUUACAGGGUUGAACGGAGUCGAGUCGGGUUACCCGUUUUACCUAGUGUAAGUAUGAUGUUUCGGGGGGCCGAAAUGGUUGUUCCGGGUCCAAGGCUACUGUAUAAAGUGGCGGGUUUAACGAAGGGGAGUGAUGACAUAUAUUGCUUUACGUUUGGGAAUUCGGAUUUGUUAGGGAUUGAAGCAUACGUGAUCGGACAUCACCAUCAACAAAACAUGUGGAUGGAAUUUGAUCUUGCAAACAAUCGGGUCGGGUUUGCUGAGGUUCGGUGUGAUUCUGCUAGUCAGAAGCUAGAAAUUGACUUGUAAAAGGACUUGUUUCAUAGGAUGAACCCGGUUCAAUCCUUGAAUCAUCUUCAUACUCACCCACACCUUCGUAAAACAUUUUUUUAUGACUUUACU